AUGGGUAAGAAGGAUUCGGGGAGGAAGCCGAGCAGCAAGCCUAGCAAAGGCGCUGCGAAGGUGAAGAAGGAAUUGAAAGAUGUCAAGUCUGUCAAGAAAAAAGCCCGUGAACGCAGCUCCUCUUCUGCUGCUUCCGAGAACAAGUCAUCCACUUCGGACGACCACAGCAAUCCGGAGCUUGAGCAAGCCAAGAAGCAGUUGCAGACUGUGGCCCUCUCCUUCGGUUUGAAGCCCAAGAAUCUCGAGAUCAACAAGAGGACUCAGACCCAGCUGAAGGACCUGAACUCGGGGCAACUGGCCACGACUUUGACAGGUCUUUGCCCUCAGCUGACGGCG